GAGAGGCAGGAGCAGCAUCCCGAGCGAUCGCAACCCCGCCGAGCAUCCUCUCCAGCAUCCCGAGCCCGGGAUUGCACGGGUGCGGGAGACUUGAAACCAUUCCAGGAUGGCUUUCUUUGGGCUGUUCUCUUUGCUGGCCAUGCAAUGUGUGGUGAUAGGGGCGGCUUUCCCAGAUGAGCCCAUGGCGGAGUGGUCAGUGAAUAUGUACAAUCAUCUUCGAGCCACCGGGGAAGAUGAAAACAUCCUCUUUUCCCCUCUGAGCAUUGCCCUUGCAAUGGGAGUGAUGGAACUCGGGGCUCAAGGAUCUACGCUGAAAGAAAUCCGUCAUGCAAUGGGAUAUGAUAGCCUGAAAAAUGGUGAAGAAUUUUCUUUCCUAAAAGAUUUCUCUGACAUGGUAUCUGCUGAAGAGAGCCAAUAUGUGAUGAAAAUUGCCAAUUCCCUCCUUGUGCAAAAUGGGUUUCAUAUUAAUGAUGAGUUCUUGCAAAUGAUGAAAAAGUACUUUAAUGCGGAAGUCAAUCAUGUGGAUUUCAGCCAAAAUGUUGCUGUGGCCAACUACAUCAAUAAGUGGGUGGAGAAUUACACAAACAGUCUGUUGAAAGAUUUGGUGUCGCCAAGGGAUUUUGAUGCUGUCACUCAUCUGGCUCUCAUCAACGCUGUGUAUUUCAAAGGGAAUUGGAAAUCCCAGUUUAGACCUGAAAAUACCAGAACUUUUUCCUUCACUAAAGACGAUGAAAGUGAAGUACAGAUUCCAAUGAUGUAUCAACAAGGGGAAUUUUAUUAUGGGGAAUUUAGUGAUGGAUCCAAUGAGGCCGGUGGCAUCUACCAAGUCCUAGAAAUACCCUACGAGGGAGAGGAGAUCAGCAUGAUGCUGGUACUGUCCAGACAGGAAGUUCCCCUGGCCACACUGGAGCCUCUGCUCAAAGCACAGCUUAUUGAAGAAUGGGCAAACUCCGUUAAGAAACAAAAGGUGGAAGUAUACCUGCCCAGGUUCACAGUGGAACAGGGAAUUGAUUUAAAAGACAUUUUUAAAGCCCUUGGAGUCACUGAAAUUUUCAUCAAAGAUGCAAAUUUGACUGCCAUGUCAGAUAGGAAAGAGCUGUUUCUCUCCAAAGUUGUUCACAAGUCCUUCAUCGAGGUUAACGAAGAAGGAUCAGAAGCAGCGGCAGCCUCCGGGAUGAUUGCAAUUAGCAGGAUGGCUGUGCUGUACCCGCAGGUUAUUGUCGACCACCCGUUUUUAUUUCUCAUCAGGAACAGGAAAGCUGGUACCAUCUUAUUCAUGGGACGAGUCAUGCACCCCGAAACCAUGAACACAAGUGGACAUGAUUUUGAGGAACUUUAA